AUGUUGCCAAGGAGAAUAAAAUUUCAGCUCUCUGUGAACAACAAACCCCCCAGCUCCGAGGGGCAAGGGGAGAAGAAGGACAAUGCCACAGCUCCACCAGCUCCUCCGACCUAUGAGGAGGCAACAGCAGGAGAAGGGAUGAAGUCUGGAGCUUACCCACCUCCCCCAUCAGUCCCACUCCACCCCAGCUGGGCUUAUGUCGACCCCAGCACCAGCCCCAGCUAUGGCAGCAGUGGGUACCCAGGGGACACAGAGAUGCUCACAACCUUCAGCUGGGAUGACAGGAACGUGCGCAGAGUGUUCAUCAGGAAGGUUUAUACCAUCCUGAUGGUCCAGCUUUUGGUCACUGUUGUUAUUGUGGCUUUCUUCACCUUCUGUGAGCCAGUCAAGGGCUACAUCCAGACACACUCUGCCUGGUACUGGGCUUCCUAUGCUGUUUUCUUUGUGACCUACUUGAUUCUUGCUUGCUGCUCCGGCCCCAGGAGGUAUUUCCCAUGGAACCUGAUCCUGCUGAGCAUCUUUACACUCUCCAUGGCUUAUCUCACUGUGAUGCUCUCCAGUUACUACAACACCAAAUCGGUCCUUCUGUGCCUGGGGAUCACAGCUCUGGUGUGUCUGUCUGUCAUCAUCUUCAGCUUCCAGACCAAGUUUGACUUCACCUCCUACCAGGGCGUCCUCUUCGUGAUGCUCAUGGUGCUCUUCUUUGGUGGCAUCAUCCUGACAGUGAUCCUGCCCUACCAAUAUGUCCCCUGGCUCCAUGCCAUCUAUGCCCUGCUUGGUGCCAUCAUCUUCACCAUGUUCCUGGCACUUGACACCCAGAUGCUGAUGGGGAGCCGCCGGUACUCGCUGAGCCCGGAGGAAUACAUCUUUGGAGCCCUCAAUAUCUACCUGGACAUCAUCUACAUCUUCUCCUUCUUUCUCCAGUUCUUUGGCUCCAGCCAGGAGUGA